UCGGCCACCUGCGCCGCCGCCGCCGCCGCCGCCCGGCCCUGCUCCAGGAAUCUUCCCGACCCGCAGGGCCCCGCAGAUGUCGCUGGGAAAGUGAUGAUCCAGGCAGGACCGGGCUGCCCCCACAGGACAGAGAAAUGGAGGCCAACGACCAUUUUAACUUUACUGGCCUUCCCCCUGCACCUGCUGCCUCAGGACUGAAACCCUCCCCCUCCUCAGGGGAGGGCCUCUACACUAACGGGUCUCCCAUGAACUUCCCCCAGCAAGGGAAAAGUUUGAAUGGGGAUGUGAAUGUUAAUGGCUUAUCUACUGUAUCUCACACUACUACUUCAGGGAUUUUGAACUCUGCUCCCCACUCCUCCAGCACCUCACACCUCCAUCACCCCAACGUGGCCUACGACUGUCUCUGGAACUACUCACAGUACCAACCCGCCAAUCCUGGCAGCAACCUCAAGGACCCACCCCUUCUCUCCCAGUUCUCGGGGGGACAAUACCCACUCAAUGGUAUUCUUGGAGGCAACCGACAGCCUUCAUCCCCAAGUCACAACACUAACCUUCGGGCUGGGAGCCAAGAGUUCUGGGCCAACGGUACCCAGAGUCCCAUGGGGCUUAACUUCGACUCACAGGAACUGUAUGAUUCCUUUCCUGACCAGAAUUUUGAGGUGAUGCCCAAUGGACCCCCUAGUUUUUUCACCUCCCCACAGACUUCUCCCAUGUUGGGCUCCAGCAUCCAGACUUUUGCGCCCUCCCAGGAGGUAGGCAGUGGUAUUCAUCCUGAUGAGGAGGCAGAAAAGGAGCUGACUUCAGUUGUGGCAGAGAAUGGCACUGGCUUGGUAGGCAGCCUGGAGCUGGAAGAAGAGCAGCCAGAAUUGAAGAUGUGUGGCUACAAUGGCUCCAUCCCUUCUGUGGAAUCAUUACACCAAGAAGUCUCAGUCUUGGUCCCUGACCCCACAGUGAGCUGCUUAGAUGAUCCUUCACAUCUUCCUGAUCAACUGGAAGACACUCCAAUCCUCAGUGAAGUCUCUCUGGAGCCCUUUAACACCCUGGCACCAGAGCCAGUAAGUGGAGGACUCUAUGGUAUAGACGAUACGGAGCUGAUGGAUGCAGAGGACAAGCUGCCUCUUGAGGACAGCCCUGUGAUCUCUGCCCUUGAUUGUCCUUCCCUCAAUAAUGCCACUGCCUUCAGUCUCCUGGCAGAUGACAGUCAAACUUCAGCCUCUAUUUUUGACAGCCCCACCUCUCCACCCGUCCUUGGGGAGUCUGUCCUGCAAGAUAACGGCUUUGACCUGAAUAAUGGUAGUGAUGCAGAACAAGAAAUGGAGACUCAGGCGGCUUCAGACUUCCCACCACCUCUGACCCAGCCAGCCCCUGACCGUUCAUCCACUAUUCAGCUACAUCCAACAACCUCACCAGCAGUCUCAGCAACAGCCUCCCCAGCAAUCUCCUUGGCAGUUUGUCCAACAGCCUCCCCAGAUAUCUCUCCAGAAGUCUCCCCAGCAGCCUCCCCGGAAAUCUCCCCAGCAGCCUUCCCAACAGUCUCUCCAGCUUCCUCACCAGCCUUCCCACCAAUCUCCUCAGAAGUUUCCCUGCCGGCCUCACCAGUGACCUCCCCGAAAGCAUCCACCGAGGCUUCCCCUGCAGCUGUCUUCCCAACAGCCUCCCCAGCAAAUAAGGACGUGAGCAGCUUCCCUGAAACCACUGCUGACUUGGAAGAGGUCCCUGGAGAAGGAGUAACUACUUCUGCUGGUGGUGAUGUUCUAAGGAGAAGAAUUGCUACCCCAGAAGAAGUUCGUCUUCCCCUCCAACAUGGGUGGCGGAGAGAGGUGCGAAUCAAGAAGGGCAGCCACAGAUGGCAGGGGGAGACCUGGUAUUAUGGUCCCUGUGGGAAGAGGAUGAAACAGUUCCCAGAAGUGAUCAAGUACCUGAACCGCAACGUGGUACACAGUGUCCGCCGUGAGCACUUCAGCUUCAGUCCCCGUAUGCCUGUUGGAGAUUUCUUUGAAGAGAGAGACACACCAGAGGGCUUGCGGUGGAUACAGCUGUCAGCAGAGGAGAUCCCAUCUAGGAUUCAGGCAAUUACUGGGAAACGGGGCCGACCUCGAAACACUGAGAAUGCCAAGACCAAGGAAGUUCCCAAGGUGAAACGGGGCCGAGGUCGGCCACCCAAGGUCAAAAUCACUGAGCUAUUGAAUAAGACAGACAACCGCCUCCUAAAGAAACUGGAGGCCCAAGAAGCACUGAAUGAGGACGAUAAAGCAAAGAUGAAUAAAAUCAAGAAGAAGAUGAAGCAGAAGGUACAGCGUGGAGAGUGUCAGACUACUACCCAAGGGCAGGCCAGAAACAAGCGGAAACAAGAGACCAAGAGCUUAAAGCAGAAGGAAGCUAAGAAGAAAUCCAAGGCUGAGAAGGUAAAGACAAAGCAGGAAAAACUGAAGGAAAAGGUCAAGAGGGAGAAGAAGGAGAAGGUGAAAACGAAGGAAAAGGAGGAGGUGGCCAAAGCCAAGCCAGCCUGUAAAGCAGAUAAAACACAGGUCAUGCAGAGGUGCUUGGAGGAGCGGCAGAGGCAGCAGAUGAUCUUGGAGGAGAUGAAGAAGCCCACAGAGGAUAUGUGUCUGACUGACCACCAGCCUCUGCCUGACUUCUCACACAUCCCUGGUCUGAUCCUGCCUAGUGAGGCCUUCUCAGACUGCUUGACCAUUGUGGAGUUCCUGCACAGCUUCGGCAAGGUGCUGGGCUUUGAUCCUGCCAAAGAUAUACCUAGUUUAGGGGUCCUGCAAGAGGGACUCCUGUAUCAAGGCGACAGCGUGGGCGAGGUGCAAGAUCUGCUGGUGCGGCUCCUGAAGGCUGCACUCUACGAUCCUGGCUUGCCCUCCCACUGUCAGUCCUUAAAGAUCUUGGGGGAAAAGGUGUCGGAGAUCCCACUGACGAGAGACAAUGUAUCUGAGAUCCUGCGCUGCUUCCUCAUGGCAUAUGGAGUGGAGCCAGUCCUCUGUGACAGCCUGCGCACCCAGCCUUUUCAGGCCCAGCCACCCCAACAGAAAGCUGCUGUCCUGGCCUUCCUUGUACAUGAGCUCAAUGGCUCUACCCUCAUCAUCAAUGAGAUUGACAAGACUCUGGAGAGUAUGUCCAACUACAGGAAAAACAAGUGGAUUGUAGAAGGCCGGCUCCGGAGACUGAAAACUGCUCUGGCCAAGCGAACUGGGCGGACUGAAGUAGAGAUGCAGGGGCUAGAGGAAGGCCUAGGGCGGAGGCGCAGCUCUCGGAUCAUGGAGGAGACUAGUGGCAUGGAAGAGGAAGAAGAGGAGGAGAGUACAGCAGCUGUCCAUGGCCGUAGGGGUCGAAGAGAUGGAGAGGUUGAUGUCACAGCAUCUAGCAUCCCAGAGCUAGAACGCCAGAUAGAAAAACUCAACAAGCGUCAGCUCUUCUUUCGAAAAAAGUUGCUUCACUCAUCCCAGAUGCUUCGGGCAUUCUCCUUGGGUCAGGACCGUUACAGACGCAGCUACUGGGUGUUGCCCUAUUUGGCUGGUAUCUUUGUGGAAGGAACAGAGGGGAGCUUAGUUCCUGAGGAUAUGAUAAAGCAGGAAACUGACUCCUUAAAAGUGGCCUCCCACUCAGCGCCCAGCCCAGCCCCCUUUUCUCUGAAGAGGGAAUUAGCUGGCUCCAGCACCUCUGCCAGUUCUCCUGCCCGGGCCCGAGGCCGACCUCGGAAAACUAAGCCUGAGUCUAUGCAACCUAGGCACCUUAAAUCUCCUGUCAGCUGUCAGGCUUCAGAAGAGCCCCAAGUCCAACUUCAGCCCGAGACUCAACCCUACCCUCCACUUGAGGCUUAUGCCCAACCCCAGCUUCAGUCCCAACCUCUAACCCAUAAUGGGUUCCUGGAGCCAGAAGGCUCCCUUUUGUCUCUGGGUCAGAGCCAGCAUGACCUCAGCCAGUCAGCCUUCCUGUCUUGGCUGAGCCAGACUCAGAGCCACGGCUCCCUGCUGAGCAGCUCAGUCCUCACACCUGAUAGCAGCCCUGGAAAACUGGAUCCGACCACAUCACAGCCUCUGGAGGAGCCAGAGUCUGAAGAGGCAGAAUCCAGCCCUGACUCUCAAACCCCCUGGUGUAACUUCUCAGCCCAGAUGCUCUGCAAUGCUGCCCCUACACCACCCCCUGCAGUUUCUGAGGACCAGUCCACUCCCUCCCCUCAGCUACCUAUCUCCUCCAAGCCAGUGAACAGACCCAGUGCUGCCAGCCCCUGUUCUCCAGUGCAGCGCUCUUCCACCCCCUUGCCUGGGGUGGCUCCUAAGAGGCGAACAGGAGACCCUGGCGAAACACCACAGAGUCCCAAAGGGCUGGGACAACCAAAACGGAGAGGGAGACCUCCCAGCAAGUUCUUCAAACAGGUGGAACAGCGUUACCUAAACCAGCUGACAGCCCAGCCUGUUCCUCCUGAGAUGUGCUCAGGCUGGUGGUGGAUCCGAGAUCCUGAGACAUUGGAUGCCACGCUCAAGGCCCUGCACCCACGAGGCAUCCGGGAGAAGGCCCUUCACAAACACCUCACUAAGCACAGGGACUUCUUGAAGGAAGUCUGCCUGCGGCCCUUAACUGAUUCCAUCUUUGAGCCCAGUCAGUUAUCUGCUUUUCAAGAAGGGAUGAUGAGCUGGUCCCCCAAAGAGAAGACGUAUGAGACAGACCUGGCUGUGCUGCAGGGGGUAGAGGAGCUGGAACAGCGGGUCAUCCUGUCUGACCUGCAGAUUCGGGGCUGGACAUGUCCUAGCCCAGACUCUAUUCGCGAAGACUUGGCCUACUGUGAGCAUCUGCCUGACUCCCAGGAGGAUAUCACCUGGAGAGGUCGAGGCAGGGAAGGACUCGCGCCCCAGCGUAAAACCACCAACCCUCUGGACCUGGCUGUGAUGCGCCUGGCCGCCCUGGAGCAGAAUGUGGAGCGGCGGUACCUACGGGAGCCCCUCUGGCCCGCUCAUGAGGUUGUGCUAGAGAAGGCCCUGCUCAGCACACCCGGUGCUGCCCCUCAGGGCACCGCUGCAGAGAUAUCAUAUGAGAUCACCCCUCGCAUUCGGGCCUGGCGCCAGACACUUGAGCGGUGUCGGAGUGCAGCGCAGGUGUGCUUGUGCCUGGGCCAGCUGGAGAGGUCCAUUGCCUGGGAGAAGUCCGUCAACAAAGUGACCUGUCUGGUGUGCCGGAAAGGUGACAACGAUGAGUUUCUUCUGCUUUGUGACGGGUGUGACCGUGGCUGCCACAUAUACUGCCAUCGGCCCAAGAUGGAAACUGUUCCAGAGGGUGAUUGGUUCUGUGCUGUCUGUUUGGCCCAGCAGGUAGAAGGAGAAUUCACUCAGAAGCCUGGCUUCCCAAAAAGAGGCCAGAAGCGGAAAAGUACUUAUGUGCUGAACUUCCCGGAGGGUGAUGGCCGCCAGCGCCGUGUGCUGUCGAGGGGCCGAGAAAGCCCAGCAGUGCCUCGGUACUCGGAGGAAGGGCUGUCCCCGUCGAAGCGGCGUCGGCGGAACCAUCACAGUGAUCUCACAUUUUGCGAGAUUAUCUUGAUGGAGAUGGAGUCCCAUGAUGCAGCCUGGCCUUUUCUGGAGCCUGUGAACCCACGUUUGGUGAGUGGGUACCGGCGCAUUAUCAAAAACCCCAUGGAUUUUUCCACCAUGCGGGAGCGGCUGCUCCGAGGAGGGUACACCAGCUCGGAGGAGUUUGCGGCUGAUGCGCUUCUGGUCUUUGACAACUGCCAGACCUUCAAUGAGGAUGACUCUGAAGUGGGAAAGGCUGGGCACAUCAUGCGACGCUUCUUUGAGAGCCGCUGGGAGGAGUUUUAUCAGGGAAAACAGGCCGAUCUGUGAGGCAGAGGCGGUGGGAGUCACUGUGGCCUCUCCCCGCGCCUCCAAACAAAAACCUGCCAUUCUCACCUGCUGACGCUGCCCUGGGUCUCGACUCAAAUCUGAGAUAUAUAUAUGUAUAUGUAUAUAUAUGUACAUAUAUAUAUACAUGUCUGAUAUUUGACUCCACCUUUGGCAGCACCCUACAUCCUCUUAUCCCUGUACCCCUUCUCCCUUUCCUCCUCUUGCUCCUCAAAUAAGAGGGGCAGAAAUGAGGUCCUUCUGGGCUGAAAGCCAAAAAAAGAAAGAAAAAAAUAAUUUUUCCUUUCUGUUUUAUUUCCUAAUUAAAAAUGAGGAGGAGGAAAGAAGUCCCUACUUCCUCCCCCAGCUCCCUCUCCUUCCCUGUGCACGCCCCAGCAUUCUGGGGCUAUUUAACAAUAGCAAUAGUUCUAGUGAAUGUGUGAAACCGAGAAACACUCUGUACUGUGUGUGGACCCGCAGUGACGGCCAGUAAAGUGGACUUAAUUCCCAAGUGUGUCGAGCCGGACACCGGGCCCUGAACAUGCUGCUUCCAUGUUCAGUCCCUUCCUUGCUUCUCACUUUCUCUCAGUUUUUCACCUUCCCUCCCCUACCCCCUUUCAGAUUUUCUGUCAUCCAAUAAUGUAAGACUAUCGUGUACGGGUUCCUUCAUUCUUUUCCAAAUCUUUUUCCCUUCAAAGGAAAAAAAUGUUCAGAGGUCCCUGUCUUUCUGUCCUCAUCUUCGGCCAAUAGCUAUCCCCUCUCUCAUGUGUUGGAUGCUCCUCACAUGCCGAGUUUCUAGCCUCUUCUGAAACUCAGCUGAGAGAGGACAGGGAGGCACCCUGGACCCUGGGCCUUGCAGCCUCCUACCCCACCUAUUACCCUAACCUCCCUCUUGGGAACUCCUCAGGGACAACUACUGCUGAGUUUGGGCGCACCCCAAGAUGGAGGCCAGGUAGCAAUCUACUGGCCUGAGAGGUGUGUGUGUGUGUGUGUGUGUGUGUGUGUGUGUGUGUGUGUGAGAGAGAGAGAGAGA